AUGAAAACAGCUGUGUACAGCAGAGGUGGUGAAAGUCUCUGGAACUCAGGUUUAUGCCACACACUUGUAACUGUGGGACCCUGUGUGGGUGAUACGGAGAAGGCUACCUUUGAUUGCAGCAGACAUAACCUAACGUCUGUACCCCAGCAAAUAUGGCCAAAUGUGACUGAGCUGGACUUAUCGGAGAACCACCUAAAUUUAUUACACACUAAAGCCCUGAAGAAGUUGAGGCACUGUGUUGAUUUGAUCAAUCUCAAUUUAUCAGGAAAUUACCUCCCCCUGCUGGUAAAGCAGCACUUCUACCACUUCCCCUCUCUGGAAAUACUGGACCUCAGUGGAUGCAAGUUGGCUGCAAUUGAGCCUGGGGCUUUGCUCAGCUUCCCCAGACUGCAAAAGCUGUUUCUAGGUAACAAUGAGCUACAAACCCCAAUGUCUGCUGUACUUCAAGGUCAUGGAUGGGUUGAGGUUGUAGAUCACACCAGUAAUCUUCAAACGAGUGACAGAACCAAAGAGGUGGUGCAAGUUGGUGCCAAUAUUUGUCAGAAGGAGAUACAUUCUGGUGGUGCCUUCAACAUGGCCACCCACAGUCUGUUCCUACGUAAACUACUGGCAGAAAGUUCGGCGGCCAUAACACCAAACAACACAACAGAUGCCAAUGAAAAAAUCUCUUCAGAUAGCUGGAAGUACCUGGUGGCAGCUCUGGUGACAGCCAUCAGUGUCUCAAUUCUCAUUGCCAUUGGGGCAAAAUGUAAACUUCUCCAUCGGUAUUUGGCCAGCUACAGACACUCCAGGCUCAGUGAGGGGGAUGGGGCGAGUCAGUGUGACCCUGCAAGUUUUGAGGUGGGAUUCUCCAACCAAGGCAACAUCCCAAAUUCAGACAGGGUAAAUGGAAGGAACAUGGAGGAUGAUGAUGAUGGAUUCAUUGAAGACAAUUACAUUCAAGCAAGUGAGAGGGAACGAGCAGUGCGAGAGGCCGAACACUGGGAGGAGGAGGAUGAGGAUGAGGAUAUGGAAGAGUUCAGCAUCGGAUAAACAAAACAUGAGCUGAGUGGGAGGUGUGCGUGGGACUGUUAUUUUUAAUCCUAUUCCUGCCCGCUCCUAAAGGAAUUCUGACUAAUUCUGCCUGCACCCACAGUUAAUAUAGUUUGUACUUAUUAAAGUUAAAAUAUAAACAAAUAAAUAAUCGAAGCCAUUAUGACGCUGACCAGGAUAAACCAGUUACUGAUGAUGAAUGAAUGAAAGCAGAAAAUAUCAUAAAGCGCUGCACAAGCACCUCACAUACACUGUAUAUGAUCUCAUGGUAAUGCUAAUGAGCCUUUUUGUGUCCCAUGAUCUUCAUAUUUGACUGCCUGCUCCCACCUACAACAAAGUAAAAACGUUUGUUGGGUGCCGCAGGAGCCCAGUCCCAAUGCACCCCUUUAGUGUGAGGUUUUCUACUACAAAAUGGAGGAUGAUAACUUGCAGCAGGACUUGACAAGCCUGCAAAUGACCUUAAAAAAACAUCUAGUUUAAUGAUUUUCAUACUUUACCAUUAAUAUUUUGUGUAAUGAUUUAAUGGUCUACACUCCAUUUCUUUAUGUUUUGUUAGGCUUUUUAAUCUAAAUUAAUAAAAGCCAUUUUUGACAUAUUGA